AGACCACCGACACCACACGUCAGACGUCUGCGCCCAUGGCGGAUCAACUGGUCAAUGGUGCUGGGGCGGGUGGUCCCCAACUGCGGCGGAUGAACACUGCACAAGUGGUCGACGUGUCGAGUGGCUUUCUCACGGCGAUGCUUUGUGCCGGUUCGCUGAGCCACGUCAUCAGCAUCAUCCCCUUGGGUUUUGGCAUGUAUGUAGCCAUCAGCAACUGGAAUGAGAAAUGCGAUCAGUAUUUGCAGCUUUGGCUGGUGCUCAAUGGAGUCAUCCAAUUGAUCUUGCUGGUCCCCGCGGUGAUCUCGACUUGUGAAGCCCAAAAAGCUGCACAGGACAAAGAAUUGAUUGCCUAUGUGUACCGAAAGAAACAAGCAGAAGAAGAAGGGAGAGCCUUCGAGCAGAAUGUGGACAUUGAGGAAAGGCUUGCGUCCAAGCAGACGCCUGGCUGGGCCUCGAAAAUCAUGAAAUACUCUCAGUGGCCGACGUUCAUUUGGCUGGCGAUUGGGAUUCUCUGGGAGUCGCAGAGCACUGACCGAACCUGCCUUCACCUCAUCCGGCAGUGGACCAAUGGGAUCAUCAUUUUCCAGCUGGCCUUCCCCUGCUUCGCAUGCUGCUGCAUGCUGUGCUUCGGUGUUGGUGGCCUGGUAGGGAAUCUGGACAUGGAACAGGCUCAACCGCUCAAUGCACCUCUUUGAUGGUCCGCUUGCCGGCGCUGCGCAUGUUUGCCCUAAGCUGGUUGGUUUUUCAAGCUGUUCCCGAAGAUGGGACGUUCCAAGAAUGUGAAGUGGAAGGAUGCUACUAUAGUAGCGUCCUUGCUCCUAGUAGUACGGCCAGGAGCCCCUAAGAGCGUCCUUGUUACUAGUAGAAAUGUGAAGUGGAAGGAUUGUGAAGUGGAAGUAUGGGCGCAGAGUUCAUUUUGUGAGUUUCCCAAAGAGGAUCGACAAAGGAACCGUUUCACCCGAGAACAACGCCAGCCGAUGUUCGAAGGAGUCAUUCAAUAUUGCAGACCAGUGGUGGCUGUGGCAAGUCGC